CCAGAGACCGACUCGGGAAGAAAUUAAUCAGUUUUUUUAGUCCCCAGCAGCCGGAAAAUUCUUCUUUACAAAAACUAAACGGCCGGAGUUUUCCCUCCUAACAAAAAUAAAAAGAGAUGUUGCUCGAUUGCAAAUGCUUCGGCGGCGGCGGCGACACCGUGGGAGAUGAGCUUCUGUGGCAUAUUGACCUGAAGCGGCAUGCCUCAGGGGAUUACUCUUUCGCCAUGGUUCAAGCCAACUCCAAGCUGGAAGACCAGGGCCAGGUUUUCACUUCUCCUUCCGCGACUUACCUCGGCGUCUACGACGGCCACGGCGGCCCUCAAGCUUCCCGUUUCGUUUCCCGCCGUCUCUUUUCUUUCAUCCACGAAUUCGCGACGGAACAAGGCGGGCUAUCGGCGGAAGUGAUAAGGAAGGCGUUUUCCGCGACGGAGGAGGAAUUCCUGCAGAUAGUGAAGCGAUCAUGGAUGGCGCAACCGGAGAUUGCCUCCGCGGGGUCUUGUUGUCUCCUCGGAAUAGUUUCGGAUGAUUUGUUGUACGUGGCGAAUUUGGGUGAUUCGAGGGCGGUUUUGGGGAGGAGGGUUUCGGUUGCAGGGGAGAAGGGAAAUGGGAGGGUGGUGGCUGAACGAUUGACGACUGAUCAUAAUGUUGGGGUUGAGGAGGUCAGGAAAGAGGUUGAAGCUCGUCAUCCUGAUGAUGCCAAGAUCGUCAUCCAUGCCCGUGGAGUUUGGCGGAUUAAGGGCAUAAUUCAGGUUUCAAGAUCGAUAGGAGAUGUUUAUCUGAAGAAACCAGAGAUGAGCAGAGAUCCUCUCUUCCAACAAUUUGGGACUCCAGUGCCCUUGAAGAGGGCAGUUAUGACUGCAGAACCAUCUGUAACAGUCCGUAAGCUAAACCCGGAGGACAUGUUUUUAAUACUUGCUACGGAUGGUCUUUGGGAGCAACUGACUGAUGAAGCAGCUGUAGAUAUGGUACUGAAGAAUCCCAGAGCUGGAAUAGCAAGGAGAUUGGUGAGGGCUGCACUGCAGGAGGCUGCAAAGAAGAGAGAAAUGAUCUACAAAGACAUAACGAAGAUUGAGAAGGGGGUGAGACGGUAUUUCCACGAUGACAUUACAGUGAUUGUGAUGUUUCUAGAUCAUCCUUCAGGCAGGUUAAGGGCAAAAGCUAGCCCGGUGGAUUGUGUAAGCUCUCCAGCCGAUAUAUACUCUUCUUCUAAUGGAAGCAACAAAGAUCACUCAUAGCUUAGUUAUAGCUUCUGUGUUGUGUAUAAUUGUUACACCUUUUUAAAGAGUUAGAAACGCGCGCGCGCGCAGAAAGGAGAACAAGAUAUUUCGUUUCUUGCUGUAUAGCAAUACUGUAAGGAUCAGAGUAAAGUAUGGCAUAUAGAGAUGGGUUUUUCUGUACAGAAAUCGUGGCAUGGACAUAGCAAAUAUAUGUAUCGAAGGGCGCAGCUAGGGUUCAAAUCCUCGUGCUUGUAGUUUUAUGAUAUAUAUUAAAUUGAUAUUUUGUUA